UGGAUAAGCACAUUUGUUGGGUCUAUAAUCAUCGCUUAUAUAAAUAAAUACCUUUGAAUUUCACCAUCUUCCAGCAGCACUCGGAUAUUUCCUUUUCAGAAAAUGGAGAUGCUUUAAUGGCGGAUUAUGUUAACAUGCUGACUUUCAGUUCUCACCUCUCACAGAGCAAAUGGCUUCCAGUGUUGGUUUGGUAAAGAUCAUCAUCAAUACUACUGGUUCUCCUUGAUCAGAACUGCUCUACAAAAAGGCUGCUUUUAGCUUAUGCAUUACAAACAUUCAGCGAGCUUGUUUCUGAGCCAAGUAUUUCCAUUUCUGUGCCUAUUUUUGCUUCUGGUGGCCUUUACAAGUCACCCACAGGCCACAGCUUAAUUUGUGGUGUCAACAGUCGUUCCCGUUGAUUGUCUACUUGAAACUCGAUAAAUCCUACAAUCUCAUAUGGACCCAUCAAUCAUUCACAAUGGCACACAAUAUUCGUUGGAACACUUAGACGAAAACCUAGGUCCACAGUCACUACUUCACAAGGUAGAUGCUUCAGCAUCAGCAAAUACGUCUCUGAACCCUUCAAGCAUCAACAUUUCCGAAAAUAAACCCGUGCGUAACUUCUCCAUACAAACCGGUGAGGAGUUUGCUCUCGAAUUUGUGCGAGACCGAGUCAAUCUCAGAACCCCAUUCGUUGGAAAUAUCUCGGGCGACCCCAGCUGCACAACCGGCUACUUAGAGCUCAAACGCAUUUUAGGCAUCAGUCGAACCUCCUCAGAAGUCAGUUCAGAUAUUUCCACAGUUGCCACUAUAGAAAAGACCUCAAGAGAAUCUGAGAAUAUGUCUACACAACAACACACAGGUGACCACAAGCCUUUAAGAAGCUCGUCUGGCGCUUCUCAUACCUCCUUUAAGAAGCUCAAGAUCUUGUGCAGCUUUGGCGGAAGAAUUUUGCCGAGGCCGAGUGAUGGGAAGCUCAGAUACGUUGGUGGGGAGACGCGCAUUGUGCGGAUCAGCAGAGACAUUACGUGGAGAGAUUUCUGGGAGAAAAUGACGGCAGUUUACGGUGGGACCCACGUGAUUAAGUAUCAGCUUCCUGGGGAGGACCUCGAUGCCUUGAUUUCUGUGUCGGGGGACGAGGAUUUGCAGAACAUGAUGGAGGAAUGCAAUGCCUUGGGAGGGGAAGGAUCUGGAAGGCUCCGGAUCUUUUUGUUCUCACGCGUGGAUAUAGAAGAUGCAUAUAUUGGCCUGGCAGACGCUGGCGUUAAUUCGGAGAUGAAAUAUGUGGUUGCUGUCAAUGGACUGGAAAUGGGGCCGUGUAAGGGCUCCUCAGGGAACAAUCUUAGUCAGUUGGACAUGGGAAAUGUUGAGAAGGACAUCCAUACGUCUAACGAGGCGGGCCUUGUUGUCCAGCCGACGGCUUCUGAAUCUUCGAAACUUGUUUUGUCAAGUUUCUCCAGAGUUGGCAAAACUGGUUUGCAGUUCUAUCAGGGUCAACCCAUGCCUCGUCGUGAACACGGGCAACAACAUCCUCCACAAUUUGGCCACGACCAUCCUCCUUAUCAUAUGCCUUCAGAAGAUGGUGCUGUUACAAGGAAUACUCAUGGGGCUAUUUCUCGAGAGGAAGGUGAUGAAGGGAAGUUUCUUAGUAGCUCGGGUACACAGGUCUCAGAAAUGCAAGAAAAGGAGAUAAAACACAAUUUCAAUGGCUUAGUUCAACUGGAAAAUGGUAUCAACCCAAAAGUUAAAUUUCCUGAUGAAGGGUCACACUUGGUCCCCACAUUGGAUAGGGAUUUUUCAUCGAAGGCCUCAAAGUGUGAAGGAGUGCCCCGGGUAACAAUGCAAGUCUCAAAUCCUUUAGCUGCUGAUAAUCCAUCCAAACUUCCUAAAUCCGAUGGCAAUGAGUAUGAUACCACUGGCAACGCUUCUGGUUCUCGAUCGAUCAUUUCAGAAUCUGAUCCAACAGAUCCAAGCUGCUCAGAGACCUUUGUUCAUCCUCAGCGGACCUUUUAUUCUGAGCGCAUUCCUAGAGAACAGUCAGGGCAGCUUAAUAGAAUUUCAAAGUCGGAUGACUCUCACAGUUCUCAGUUUCUAAAUAAUCAAGAUUUAGUUGCUGAAUCUGCUGGGAGAUUCGAAUCUGGAAAUGUUGAUAAUACCUCUCAUGUCGAGCCACAAACUUCCAAUAAUGGACAUCCAAUAUAUCCACCUGAUGCUAAAGGAAUGAAUGAAACUCAGCCCAUUAGUAAUGAUACUCAUGGCCAUCCUCAACCUGAGGGUGACAUACUCAUCGAUAUCAACGACAGAUUCCCACGUGAUCUUCUUUCUGAUAUAUUCUCUAAAGCUAUUCUUUCUGAUGGCUCGUCUGGCAUUGGUCCUCUGCCGAAGGAUGGGACUGGUUUGAGCAUGAACAUAGAAAGCCAUGAGCCUCAAAGGUGGUCAUUUUUCCAGAGACUGGCAGGGGAUCAGUUCAUGAGAAGGGAUGUCUCUCUUAUAGAUCAGGACCACAUGUUCUCUACAAAAGUUAACGAUGGCGCUCGUUUGGCGUAUGAUUUUGUGCCACAGGUUACAGGUGAGAGCAUGCCAAGUCAUGGAGGAUUAGAGGAGAAAGGAUAUCAGAGAGAGGUACGUGAUGCAGAUGCAGCUGUAUCUAUGCCUGUUCGUUCGGAUUAUGAUGCAUCUCAAGUGAAAUUCAGUGACGGCAUUCAGGAUAGUGAGUUGAUGGGUAAUACGAGAAUUCAGGAAUCAGAUUAUGAGGUUUGUUCUCAGGGGGGUUUCGGGAAAAUUAGCUUGGCUCCUCUAGAUCAAUUGUUGGUUGAUUUUGAAAUCAUCAACUCAUUGCAGAUUAUACACAAUGCAGAUCUUGAAGAGUUAAAGGAACUUGGUUCUGGCACAUUUGGGACAGUAUAUCAUGGAAAAUGGAGAGGCUCAGACGUGGCAAUCAAGCGCAUAAAGAAGAGUUGCUUCACUGGUCGGCAAUCAGAACAAGAAAGAUUGACUAAUGAUUUUUGGAGGGAAGCUGAAAUUCUUUCGAAGCUUCACCACCCAAACGUGGUAGCAUUCUAUGGUGUUGUACACGAUGGACCAGGGGAGACAUUAGCUACUGUGACAGAGUACAUGGUCGAUGGAUCUUUGAGACAUGCUCUACUUCGUAAGGAUAGACAGCUUGACCGCUGGAAGCGACUCGUAAUUGCAAUGGAUGCUGCUUUUGGGAUGGAAUAUUUGCAUUCAAAAAAUAUAGUGCACUUUGAUUUGAAAUGUGACAAUUUGCUCGUUAACUUAAAAGAUCCUUCAAGACCUAUAUGCAAGGUAGGUGAUUUUGGUCUAUCGAAAAUAAAACGGAACACCUUGGUUUCUGGCGGAGUUAGGGGGACCUUGCCAUGGAUGGCUCCUGAGCUGCUAAAUGGCAGUAGCAAUAAAGUGUCUGAGAAGGUUGAUGUCUUCUCAUUUGGUAUUGUCUUGUGGGAGAUACUCACUGGAGAGGAGCCGUAUGCCAACAUGCAUUAUGGGGCAAUCAUAGGAGGGAUUGUGAAUAAUACACUGAGGCCAACAAUACCGGGCUACUGUGAUCCAGAAUGGAGAAGGUUAAUGGAGCAGUGUUGGGCCCCGAAUCCAGUUGGGAGGCCUUGUUUUACUGAAAUUGCUAGCCGGUUGCGGGUCAUGUCUUCUGCAGCUCAGACUCGAAAGGGGAGUUCGUAGGUAUUAAAUGAUGGUUCGAACUCUAUUUUACAGAACAAAAGCUAUUUAUUCAUUUCAUUGCACACACACACACACACCUGACACUAGAGAAAAUGCAGGAUGCAUGAAAAAGUUGUGAAAUAAUGGCCUGAGAUUCGCGGGAGAUAUCAUCAUGCAUGAAUGUGGAGCUGUUUGUACAUCUCACUAUGGGCAAAUUGUUUUGUUAAUAAUUUUAUUGUUUUUGAGGUUAAGUUAAAAUUGUUCUUUCCAUUUUUGUGGUGAAAAAUCUUCUGAGAUGUCUAAGAAAAUAUUAAUAAAAGAUCAUAUCUUU